CCCCGCCCCCGCCCGUCCCGCCCCGGAGGGGGGGUCUCCGAACGCCCUGCGCGCGCCUUCGGGAGGCGGGGCUAGCUGGGCUCGCGGAGCGGCGGCUGUCGGCUCGGUGUUUUGAGUCUCAACCUCUCUGCUGGCCGAAUUCCUGCAGGAAGCCGAUUCCCCGACCCAGCAAAAUACUUGCUAUUUUGGAGUUUAAAGCAUGUCAUCAUGGCAAAGUUUCGGAGAAGGACUUGCAUCAUUUUGGCCCUUUUUAUUCUAUUUAUUUUCUCUCUGAUGAUGGGUUUAAAAAUGCUGAGACCAAAUACAGCUACAUUUGGAGCUCCUUUUGGACUUGACCUUCUUCCAGAACUUCAUCAACGAACUAUUCACUUGGGGAAAAACUCUGAUUUCCAAAAGAGUGACAGAAUCAACAGUGAAACGAAUACCAAGAAUUUAAAAAGUGUUGAAAUCACUAUGAAACCUUCCAAAGCCUCUGAACUUAACUUGGAAGAACUGCCACCUCUGAAUUAUUAUCUACAUAUAUUUUAUUACAGUUGGUAUGGAAAUCCACAAUUUGACGGUAAAUAUAUACAUUGGAAUCAUCCAGUGUUGGAGCAUUGGGACCCUAGAAUAGCCAAGAAUUAUCCGCAAGGGAGACACAACCCUCCAGAUGACAUUGGCUCCAGCUUUUAUCCUGAAUUAGGAAUUUACAGUUCUCGGGAUCCUUCUGUCAUAGAAACUCAUAUGAGACAAAUACGCUCAGCUUCAAUUGGUGUACUAGCCCUCUCUUGGUACCCACCUAAUGUAAAUGAUGAAAAUGGAGAACCUACUGACGACUUGGUACCCACUAUUUUGGAUAAAGCUCAUAAAUAUAACCUGAAGGUUACUUUUCACAUAGAACCAUAUAGUGAUCGAGAUGAUCAAAACGUGUACAAAAAUGUCAAGUAUAUUAUAGACAAAUAUGGAAAUCAUCCGGCCUUUUACAGGUACAAGACGAGGACUGGCAAUGCUCUUCCUAUGUUUUAUAUCUAUGAUUCCUAUAUCACCAAGCCUGAAAAAUGGGCCAAUCUGUUAACCACCUCAGGGUCUCAGAGUAUUCGCAAUUCUCCUUAUGAUGGAUUGUUUAUUGCCCUUCUAGUAGAAGAAAAACAUAAGCAUGAUAUUCUUCAAAGUGGUUUUGAUGGAAUUUACACAUAUUUUGCCACAAAUGGUUUUACUUAUGGCUCAUCACAUCAAAAUUGGGCUAACCUAAAAUUAUUUUGUGAUAAAUACAACUUAAUAUUUAUCCCAAGUGUGGGCCCAGGAUACAUAGAUACCAGCAUCCGUCCAUGGAACACGCAAAACACUCGGAACCGAAUCAACGGGAAGUAUUAUGAAAUUGCUCUGAAUGCAGCACUUCAGGCACGCCCCAGUUUAAUUUCUAUCACCUCUUUUAAUGAGUGGCAUGAAGGAACUCAGAUUGAAAAAGCUGUUCCCAAAAGAACCAGUAAUACAGUGUACUUAGAUUACCGUCCUCAUAAACCAGGUCUUUAUCUAGAACUGACUCGCAAGUGGUCUGAAAAAUACCAUAAGGAAAGAGUAACUUAUGCAUUAGAUCACCAGCUGCCUGUUUCCUAAUGCAUUGAUUAAAGUUUAAUAGUUAUCAGGAUCACCUAAUUUUUAAAAGUAGCUUUUGUUUUGAGUUAUGGAAAGAAAACUCAAAAUCAGUAUACACUAUUAUCUUUAAAAAAUAUUUUUAAAAUUCUUUACAGAUAAUAUUGUUACCCUUCACAAUACCACAUUGAGAAAAUGUCUGAGACAAAAUUUGUGCAAAUUAUUCAUUAUGGCAUAAUUUACUGCAUUUCUGACUGAAAUCAAAAUUCUGAUUUAAUGACAAUUGAAUUUUUAUUUUACAGUAAAUAAAUGCUUGUGUUACCCAAAGCACUUAGCACAAGUUAAAUUAUACUUAUAUCCUCAUCCCAAGGAAAUAAGAUUGUGUGUAUAUUUGGGAUAUCUAUCAAAGAAGAAAAAAACCUUAAAGAUAAUGUACAUGUUUUAUUUGGUAUUUUUAAAUAAUAUAAUCAACUUUAUUAUGUUAGUAUUCAGAUUCUGGAUAACUCUUCAAUAAUUAUGAAAUUCUUAAGAGUAACAAUCAUUGUAACUUCCUCUCAGUUUUGCUGUGAACCUGAAAUAGCUUUAAAUCAAUAGUCUUUUUUUAAAAUUAAUUAUAUAAAUUAAGCCUUGCUAUGACCAAAUUGUAUUAGGAAGGCCUGCUAUCUACAGCACAAUGAUUCACUUGCAGAUUUGUGGUUACCUAUAGCUUGCUAGGUAUUUUGGCAUGUUCAGUGUUUCUACUUUACAGCGCUAAAUUCUGUAUUUUAGAAGCUAUGGAAACUCCCUUUAUGAAAGUUAAUGAUUGCUUCUCAGUUAUUAGGAAAACAAUUGUGUCACAAUUACUAUGUAGAUAUGAUGCCCAAAAUGUCAUUUUUAGUAUAUCUUGUCCAUUUUUAAGUUGUUACCAUUUUAUUAUUCAUGUCUUUAAAUCAGAGACCAAAUAUUUUCUAGGAAAGAAAAAUGUUAUUACUGUCAUUAGAUUAUCUUUUAAUAUUUUUAAGUUAUUUUGACCAAAAGUAAUAGAGAAAAUUUACACUUAGUGUUUUAGAUUUUAGAGACAUGGAAAUGAAAAUUAUUUUAUAUCUAGUAUAAGUCCUGAAGUUUGGCUUUACAUUAAGUUUAACACUGUAUAAUAAUGAAGAAACUAAUAUUUUACUUAAAAGCUAAUACUUUCAAAAUUUUAUAUAAUAAUACCCCCAUUUUAUAGAUGUUAGACUUUUAUCAUACUUAUAGGUUAAAAUGCUUGUGAUCAGUAACUUGUCAUAUUAUGACAAAUUGAUCACUUGUGUACUAAAGAUAAAUCUCUUUAAAAACUAAAAAAAAUGUACUCUAUUCUUACAAUUAAUGUUUAUAACUAUAGUAAAAAAGUUAAUGUAUAUCCUGUUACAUAAAUGUUAUUUCUCAGGUGUUCUGUUAAGAAGAGCAUUAGGAUAAUGCUAAAAAAUAAUGCCUAUAAAUCUUCAUAGUAUUUUUUUUUUUUUUUUUUUGAGAUGGAGUUUCGCUCUUGUUACCCAGGCUGGAGUGCAAUGGCGCCAUCUCGGCUCACCGCAACCUCCGCCUCCUGGGUUCAGGCAAUUCUCCUGCCUCAGCCUCCCGAGUAGCUGGGAUUACAGGCACGCGCCACCGUGCCCAGCUAAUUUUUUGUAUCUUUAGUAGAGAUAGGGGUUUCACCAUGUUGACCUGGAUGGUCUCAAUCUCUUAACCUUGUGAUCCACCGGCCUCGGCCUCCCAAAGUGCUGGGAUUACAGUCUUGAGCCACCGGGCCCGGCCAAAUCUUCAUAGUAUUAAGUCAUCCAUUCAGAAACAUAAAUUACCACCACAUUUAUUAUAAAAUAGCUCAUCAGAUGACAAAAUUUUAUUUUUAAACAGUGGUUUUGACAUAAAUUAUGUUAUUGAAGAGAGGCAUUAUUAAUGUUAAAUUUGUUUAUAAUCUAGGAAUUUGUCAUUUCUCAGAGAAUGAUCAGGCCUUAGGAAAUUAAUACAGUAGUAGUAAUUAUUUUCUAAGGGAAAAUAAAACAAUAAAUCACUAUACUGAUAUUUUGAUAUAACCAAGCACUUAUAUAGUAAUGACUAUAUAGAUGUAACCUGUGGAUUUUUUCUUCUAUCUAUUGAACUAGAAAUAUUAUUUUAGGGAUAAUUUAUAAGUGUCAUACCUAAUACUCUUUUAUAAUAUACCAUAUUUCAUUAAAGUUUUGUUAGUGAAGUAUCUACCACAGAGAAAUUUUUGUCAUUGUUUAUGUUGUGUAUUUGAACCCACGAUGACAGAAAAUAAAUUUUUGGAAAUAGUUGUGAGAUUAAGGGAAAGUCUAUAAAAACAAGGUCAGCAAAUUCUCAACACAGAUACCACCACUUUUUGUCUGGUUCCCAUUAUAGACAUGGCGAAUCCACACAACAUGGUUCACUUCUAAGCUUUGUUGUGAUUCCUCAGCACAUUACCUUAACCAGCCAGCAGUAACAGAUUUCAAAGUAAUCUAAAGCAGAUUCCGUCUUCAUUGCAAAAACUUAUUCUCAAUGGAAGAAUGGCAUCUCAUCUCAUAAUUACUUACUAGUUUAUAAUUAUAUUAAUAUAUGUUUUUUCUCCCUUUUUAAUAAAAUAAUUGCAGUCAUCCCUCAGUGUCUAUGGAGGAUUGGCUUCCAAUUACCCCUAUAGAUACCAAACUCUGCAGAUGCUCAAAUCCCUGAUACGAACUAGUGUAGUAGUUGCAUAUAACCUAUGCACAUCCUCCUGUCUACAUUAAAUCAUCUCUGGAGCAUUUACAACACUUAAUACAAUGUAAAUGCUUUGUAAAUAGUUAUUAUACUAUAUUGGUUAGUGAACAAUGACACGAAGAAAAGGUCUGUAUAUUUUCAGUGCAGUCACUGUUUUGUUUUGUUUUUUUUUUUCAAAUAUUUUCAGUAGGCGAUUUCUUGGCCAUGGAUGUAGAACCCACAUAUAUGGUGAGCCAACUGCAUUAGGAAUUAUCUCUAAUAAUUCUGUUAAUUCUUAGAGAGGAACGCUUCUAAAAUCUUCCUUAUGUAUUCAUUAUUGCCGCCUUUACCUUUUUAUUUGUAACACAGUUUAAAUUGCUAUGAUCACAAGUAAAUAAGAGCAAAGAAUUUAUUUAAUUCAAAAAAACUAUGUUUGAAUUCAAUAUGGUAUAAUAAUUGUUAAAACACAAACUGGUGUAAUUAUACAAUGCAUGAAUCAUAAUGGAUUCUUUUAUAGGUUAUUAAUUUUCAUGGUUUAAUCAGUUUAAUUAUUUUGUCUGUAUAAACACCAAAUAUUUUAUCAUUUCUUUUAAGGACUAAUGUCUAAAACUGCUGUUACUAAUGUUUACCUGAGUUAACCAUUUUUCUGUUUGAUUUUAAAACUAAUUAAAAAUUACUAUUUUGUUAUAUGGAAUGGUUAAAUUUUACCCAAUAAAAUCAUAUAUGAAAACAUUGUA